AUGGUCGCCACCCGUUUCCUCAUGCUUUCUACGGCCGCUGCCGUUGCUAGUUCUUCAGUCGUUUUCUCCGAAACAACCCUUACCACCGCGCUCCUCGAGACGACUUCCACCGCAGUACCCAAUGAGACCUCGACUUCCGAGCCAACAAGCACAAUUGUUGAAUCAUCGGUAACCUCUGCGGCCGAAACGACAGAGACCACUGCCGUGACAACUUUCACAUCGGCUGAUACAACCACUGAGGCAGCCACCACGACUACAGAGGCUGCGGCACCUCACCAGGAUAUCACUUGUCCUGCUGCACACGGCCAGUGCGUUGGCGAUUUCAAGAUUGAAUGCGGUUACAUCAUGACUGGCGGUUUCAGUGUCGAAACGGGUUUCACAUCGACUCUGGACGACUGUGCUGCUGCGUGUAACGGCGACUCCGGUUGUGCUGGCUUUUCUCAUAAUGGCGUCAGUUGCUACUUGGUCUCGUCUCUGUAUUCGACUGCACCCGCAGACUGGGUGACGGGUAAGAAGUCGGGUUGUGCUCAGUAG